CAACAAAUGUGGCGUCUUUAUCCACCGAGUGGAUGUUGUUUAUGCUCGACGUUUUCCUUUGGAAAUUGUGAACUGGAUGUAAAUUUUGCUAAAUUUCAUUUAUUCACCAUCAAAAGUCAUGGUUCCAGUUUCUAUUUAGUGAAAUCCACACACGGCGCCACUGAUAGUGCAUCGAAACUUUUCGUUAUUGUAAUUGUGUUCUGGUAAAUUACUAAAGUUUUUUCUUGACCAAUAUAGCGGGAAAUCGCCGUCGUGACGCGCACAAUAUUGUUCGUAUUCAUCUCGAGGGCUGAUAAAGUCUCAUAACCGUCUUGUUAUGUGUUCAUUUACACUUUGACAGUGGUAUAGUGACAUAUUUUGUAUGAUUUGACAAUGUCCGAGGAAAUGGCGAUUGGUGAUAACGCUUCUAUCGAAGAAGCUAAGUUGAAUGGAGAUGAGGCGGCGCCUGCGAGCGCGGUUGAUGCUGAGGCGGUCACUCAGGCUACUCCGCAGGCCGAGGCGGAGCCAGAAGUGGCCCCGGUAGAGGACGCGCCAGCUCUCGCUGAAGAAGUACCAGAAGUAAAAGACGAGAAUACUGAGGAUGUUAACAUGGCAGAGCCUGAACAACUUUCAGAGAAGCUUGUCACAGUUGGCAUUGACGACGGAGACGAGAAGAGAGGAAUUAAGCGGAGGGCCUCCACAGCUUUCAGCGAUGCGGGGAAAGAGGACUUUAAAGGCUUUGAGACUGGAGAAAGUAAAUUUGAGUCUUCCUACAGUCUAGUGUACAGUCGCAUUGUUGACCGCUUGGAAGCUGAAGUGUCAGCGGCCGUGAAGGAUCACAUACCACUGCGCUCCGUCAUGGCCACGCCCUCUGCUCCUCUUCGCGCCAGCAAACGCCCGCGACAGGACACCGGUGAGAAACUAGCGUUAGAUUCCCUUGCCAAGGAGCUGUCUGAAGCUGUCGAACAUUUGAACAAGGAUUGUAAAGAGAACAUUACACCACAUGUUAAGAAACGUCCGUCGCGGGCGGUGGAAGCUGACGGAUCAAGGCCCUCGUCAGCUUUAUCGUCAAGGUCUGACGGCGAUGGAGUCAUCUCUACUGAUACGACGAGCGCCCCGCGCGCGCGCAGAGUGACGACAGAGAUGGGGUCGCCGCUGCUGCGCGCGCCGCUGGAGCGCGGCUGGCGGCGCGAGCUGGUGUACCGCGCGGCGCUGGACGCGCAUGCGCGUCGCAACGCUGACAUCUACUACUACACGCCCAAGGGGAAGAAGCUCAGGUCCACCAGAGAGGUGUCGGAGCACUUGUCCGGAACGGGAUUGACAUUGGAGAACUUUUCGUUCUUCAAGGAACCACUCGGAUUGGACGAUCCUGAGAAGGAGAUUAUACGUGACGCGAAGAUGAUCAGGCGCGUGGAGUCCCCGGUGGCGGCCGCGGAGGGCAAGCGCGCGCCCAAGCCCAAGCCUCCCAAGGGCGCCAGUCCAGAGCCCAGUCUCAAGUCUCCGCCCGCCAAGAUCAAGGUGAAGUCAGUGGGGUCCAGACUAAGCACGAGUUCCCCCUCCACCCCGGCCGCCAACAACACGAAACAACAGAAGAAAGCUACCGACAACAACAAUUCCGCCGCUUGGAAGAAACCCAGCGACGACAAAAAGCGCGGUAAAGUGGCGAACGGUGCGGCGUCUCCCCCGGCAGUGUUGUCGUCGCCGCGGAGACGAGGCCGGCCGAAGGUCGACGACACUGAUCACUUCACGGCGUUCUACAGCACUGCGCAGGAGAGGAACUAUAAUGUUGUUGUACAGAUCUUCCAGUACCUGGGCAUGCGCGAGCUGGCGCAGUGCGCGCGCGUGUGUCGGCUGUGGCGCCAGCUGGCCGCCGCGCCCGCGCUCUGGAGGCACGUGCGGAUGAAGAACUCGCACGUGAGCGACUGGGGCGGCUUAUGCGCAGCUCUGAAGCGACACGGAACCAAACGUCUAGAUCUACGCAAGAUGUUACUCCCACAAAAUGACGUCACGUUUUGGGAUCAGUUCGCGCAACAUAUAGGGGAAGUGGAUUCUUUGGAAAGGAUAGAGAUGUGUCGCUGUCCCGCUCGCGCAGUGGAGGCGGUGUGCAGCCGACUGUCCUCGCUGCGUGCGCUGUCCGCGCUGGCCAUCAGAGACGCGAGGCUGGACCCCGCGCCGCUGUCGCGGCUGACGCUGCUGCACGAGCUGCGCCUGAAGAGCAUGGCCGGCCUCACGCUCACUAGGGAUCUGCGUCCGCUGGCUCAGCUCAAGGCAUUACAGCAUCUGUCACUCACGUCUAUUAAGGACCUAGGCUGGUGCCUGUGCGACGUGGUGGGACAGCUGCCGCAGCUGCAGUCGCUGGAGCUCGGCGAGUGCACGUUCAGCACAGAGUUCGCGUCCGCAGUGCGCGGGCUCUCGCAGCUGCGGCGGCUGCGCCUCGAGCGUGGCACUGCGCACUGUGCUGCGUCCGCUAUCCUGCGCUCGCUGGCGCUGCUGCCGCUGCUCACCAGCCUGGAGCUCGUCAACAUCGACGUCAAGGUGGGAUUCGACGACGCGCUGGCGGAAUGCAAGAAUAUUCAGCGGUUACUGAUAAUACCCACUUACGUCUCGCAGUCCGCCACUACCAAUAAACAGGUGCUGAGCGGCGUGUUGAGACUGAAGGAGACGCUGACGCACCUGAUGUGGGGCGUGACCAUAGAGCUGCUGCGCGUGACGGAGCUGUUCAUAGACCAGUGUGAGCCGCACGGCGGCGGCGGCGGAGGCGGGGACAAGCGCCGCGAUGUCGGCGAGUGCAUCCCCGUGCUGAAGCCGGUGCCCGGCUGCCGCCUGCCCGAGGAGCACCACACCGUGGCCGGGCCUCCGCAGGUGGAGAUCCUGCCGCUGCCGACGCUGCAGCGGCUGCUGUCGGCGCAGCUGCCGCACACCAAGCUGAAGCUGCUGCGGAUCCCCUUCCACGCCACCUGGCGGCAGUCGCUGGCUGACUUCCAGUAGACCUCAGGUUGGUCCUCGAUAACACCACGCACAGAUUCUCGUCCCUAAAUCUAUGUCUGAAAGUUGAAGACCACUCGGAAUAAAUACAUGAAUAUACGGCUCCAUAACAGCUUUCGUACGUAGCUUGCAUUUUUACUACUUGUGACCAUACAAGGCUUCGGAUCCUGGGCUCCGACGCUCAACGGCAGAGGAAGAAACCGGUAAUACGCUCAGAUGAGACUAUACAAGCGUUAGGGUGAGCCUUGAACGAACCUUGAAAUUAGACAUUCACUGUGUUAAGUAUCCACAUAUACAUGAGUUUUCCACUUCCUUCCGGUGAAGGAAAACAUCGUGAGGAAAUCUGCAAUCUAGUUGAUAAUUCCUCAUCUAGUGUGUGAGAUGGGGAAUGUGAUCGUAAACCACUCCAUUGAUUUUGCCAAGAAAAUAUUUGUGUUUCAUUCCACUGAAGGACCAUGAAUAUGUACAUAUUCAUGGUGCCUUCAUAAGCAUUUUUUUUUCUAAAAAUCCAAAAUUAUAAUUAUGGUCUUUGCCCUAACGUCUUGUAGUCGAUUACGUUCUGCUCACUUUUUAAAAAGGUAUGAACAUGUCAUUUCCAAUAUUACGUUCAGUUUUCUGAGAUUUCCACAAUCAUUUAUUUAUGUUUGUGUAUGUGAUGAAGAUUGACGUCUCAAACGCUGCGUACGAAAUGUUGGACUUACGAGCGUUAAACAUUGUCAAUUUUAUUAUACUGUAAAUGUAUUAUAAAAUUGACAAUGUUUAGUCAUUUUGACAGAAAAAAAUCCAUUGAAUACGCUCUCAAAUAUACAAUUUUUAUAUCUAAAAUAUUCGUCACGGAUGCUAGUUACAAAUGUUAUUUCAGACGUCAAAAUCUAUCCGUAUUUUUUUGUAUUAUUUAUUUUUGAUUCGAAAAUGUACAAUAAAGGAUGUAAAAUUGUAAAUUGUGAUAUAAUUUUGAAUUUCUCAAAUCAAGAGGCGAUUAAAAUUUUCAAAUCUAAAGUGACAUUUCUCGUCAUGUAGUAAUUCAAAGGUAAAUUUGAAAUGGGAUAAUAUAAAUUGUACCUGCACGUAAAGAUUCAUAGAGCAACUUAGAUUCCUAUAAAACAGCAAUAUAAUAUUGUAUAUCUUUAGUCUAUAGUGAAAACCAAUUUUUGAGAGAUGUUUUAUCUUUAUUCACAAUUUGAAUAAAUAUAAUUAUAGUAUAACAUUGGAUUUUUCAGUAAAAUACAUGUAAUAUGUUUGUCGUCGUCCCUGUGGUUUCGUUUAGUACGAAAUUUUCAAAGUUACUGCUGUUACUACUGGUACUGUUAGUAUUUCUGUUGUAAUUAUUCUUUUAUGAUUGACCGAAGUAUAGUCCCGUCUGUAUUUUUAUUUCUUUAUUCUAUACUCACUUUUUGUGUUUUUGUUCUGCUUGAAAUUUGAUGUGCUUUGUAUUUUUUUAGUAGUUUGGGAUGACAUAAUCAUGAAAAAAUAUUUAUUAGUUUUACAUUACGUGUAUCAAAUUUUCAACAGAAAUUGUUGAUUCUGUUUUACUUACAAAUAAGGCUUGAGACCCGAUGAAAUAUCAUUUAACAUUGUGUUAAGAGGUUAAUAAACAAUUUUAAUUAAGCAUAUUGUAAAUAUUUUUUUAAUUAUAAUUAAUAGUGUAGCUGUCAGUGCCUAUACAGUUUUGGUUUCGGCGUUAUGACGUUUGGACUUUUACAUAGGGCUGAUGAUUUCGUUUUUAAUAGAAAUUAUGUGGCAAUGUUUAAAUUACAUAUAAUAUUUUUAAGACUUGUAUAUUAGUACAAGAGAAUCUAAUGUAUAUGAAGUUUGAAAGAGUAUCUGGAGGGCUAACGACAGGCUUUCUUAAAAUUGCUUUAGGAAUGUGUCUUUAUAUAUAUAAACAAAAAAGGAGAUGGAAGUAGAUUAAUUUCAAAAUCUAAUUUGAAGCCUUUUAUUAACUCUCCAGUUACUUGCCCUGUUGUUCAUAAAAAAGUUACUUAUUUCAGUUAAAAUAUGUUUUGUCUCGUUUUGUCAAUGACAAAUAUCGCGUACGAGAUAGACCUAUGUGACGUUUCACGCAUAAUGCCAUCAUAUGAUCGAUUUUUAGUUACGCAUGUAAUGAUAAAUAAAAACACACAAAAAACAGUCCAUAAGUCCAUAUUUGUUACAUAUUUUAACUAAAACUUGUUAGGUUUUUAUGAAUUAGGGUUCACUUUCACCACUCUGCAAACGGAGGUGACUUUGCUUUACUAACAAAUUGGCUAUGAUCGGGGGCCUAUAGCUGUGAUUAAAGUUUAUUGAUACAAAAAAUAACAUUUAAGAAAAUCUCUAUGCUUGUCUGUGUCUAAAUACACGAGAAAAAAAAUUAUAAUCGACCAUUUAUUCGCAAACUGUCCUAUACCGAAGUUUAGACUAUAAAAACAGUAUAUCUGCACAUAUUUACAUCUGACAUCUGACAUAUUUAAAUUUUUAUUUAUAUACCUUUGUAUUAUAACCUUUGGAUAUAUAUAUAUCCAAAGGUUACAAAUCAGACUAAUGUAUAAAAUCCUGCAUGCAAUUCAAAUAAUAAUAAUACAAUAAUACUAUCUGGUUUUCACGUGUCAAAUAAGAACAAUUUUACAAUAUGUACCUACAUACGAAACUUUACGUACGAUAUAAAUAGAUCCAGUACAUUAUCAUAGUCCAACACACCAGUAUCUAAACUAGGCUUUGGAUCUCGCCUCGUAUGAUAAGGAGCUCAUAUUGUUUUGCAUUAUGUUGUCUAAAUACUCAGGUUUUCUGAUUUUAAUAGUUUUCAUAGUUUCCAGUUAUUUGCCCAUUCUUUGCAAUACGGUGAUAUAUCGUAUUCUCUGCACGCAAGAAAUUCUUAGCAUUUUACAGUAUAGUCAGCAACACAUCGACCUAACAAAAUUUAUUACAAACUCUGCUAUUACCGCUCCACAGAGGUUCAUGCCUAUCACUACCAAUGUACACGGUACAAUUCAAAUAUGUUCAGUUUCUUACCCAUAACUUUAGCGAGUGUCUAUGCUACAGCUCCGUACAAAAGUACAGAUAUUCUCUGUAGCAUUUGGUCAUCCUGAUGCGACGAAACGCAUUUCUAACUUGCUCAAUCCUGUAUCUGAUCUCGGUUUCAUUGCCACAUUACAAAUUAAUAAUUGUAAUUAUAUAAUAAAUUACCUUGUGCAAAGGUUGAUUUUUAAAGUGUUUGUUUAUUUAAAAACACGUAGAUUGUUUACCUAAUAACACAGUAAUAAGUUGCCAAAAUAUAGUGGAACACAAUUGGUUCAAUAUUAGUAUUUAUCGCGUGUUAGUAAGAUCUACUAUUGUGAAACAACUGUGGUUUAGCGUUUGCACAAUCGGUACCUUGAUCUUUGUUCGGGUCAUAAUCUGAGUGAUAGGAUGUUCAUUCUGCCGCGUCUCAAUAGUAGUUAGGCGGAACCACCAACGUUGGUGUUCGUGACGCGAGUCUAUCUGUCGCUUAAGAUGUAAAAAAUGGUCUUUCUUGCGGCUAUUUCUUUAUUUUUUGUAUCAAUGAAAUGGUGUUUACAAUAUUGUCAAGAAUGUGUGCAGUGUGACGCACAUAUCAUUAAUUGACUACGAUCUCUCUAAUAAUAUUUAGAAGAGUGUAGUGUCGGUACAAGUACCUAAACGAUAUUUUCAAAUCUGUGCCUAUUUUAAAAUUAAGACGUUUUAUAAAUGGCACGUGGAGCUCACAAAAUUUUAUAUUUCGGUAAUGUAAUUAUACAAUGGUCAAAUAAUAGAAUCCAUAUGAUUAUUUUGACCCAUGACUAUGAAAAGCAUAGCUUUUAUUAUUUACAGUCUGUUGUUUAUAAUCUCCUUCAAAUUAUUGUAUUUUUAUUGUAGAUGGUAAUUUUGGGAGGAGUCUGGGCGCGGCGCGGUAUUUUUAUGUAAAAAAUAUGGCAAAUUGUGGAGUGCGCACGCGCACUGGGUCCUCCCUUAGGCUAAUUGUAGAGUAAAGGCGAGUAUGUCGUCAGGCGACUUAUAAUAAAUGGUUGCCAGAAAAUA